UGGAGGCUUUGUUGGGGUUUUCCAAUUUCUUUUCAUCCAAUCUCUCUCUCUCUCUCUCUCUCUCUCUCGGAUCAUAGGCUUGUAGAGUGGAAAGAAGAAUGAAGAACAAAAAGGAAGAGGAAGAUGUUGUGUCUGGGACAUUCACAUGGGUCAUCGACAUCUUCUCUAAGCUCAAGACCGACAAACAUUACUCUGACGUUUUCACCAUCGGUGGCUUCAAAUGGCGGAUUCUUAUACGUCCAAAGGGGUUACACGACUCAAAACCUGAUGUCGUAGACCAGUUGUCCAUGUAUUUGGGUGUUGCAGAUGCUUCAACAUUGACACCUGGGCGGGCUACAUAUACACACUUUAGCUUCACCCUGGUUAAUCAACUUGACAGCAGCAAGUCAAAAAUAAAGCAGACACAGGGCAUUGCGAAAGAGUUCAAAGAAGAAAGGAGGGGGUGGGGCUACAAAUCAUUCAUGCCUCUUUGCGAGCUUUAUGACUGCAGUGCAGGUUAUCUGGUGAAUGAUAUAUGUAUUAUUGAAGCCAAGGUUGAGGUCUUUGUUAACAUUGGAGAGCAAGGAAGUACUGUUUAUUCAACUUUGGAGUCCACAAAGAAAGAACGUAAAGGGCAGGAAUCUUCAAACAUCAUUUCUGUGCAAGCUGCAGACUCUUCACCAGCACCUAAGACACCAUCUUUUGAACGGAAGCCUCCAUUCCUGGGUACACCUACUUCUGAAAAAGUUUGCAAUGAGCUGACCGGUGAGCUGAUGGAAUUUAUGGGUUUAGGAAAAAUAGAGAAAGCUUUUGUUCCACUGCUAGAGGAAGUUUGUUCGUUGCAUCCUUCAUUGAUCGAGUGUCUACAUAAGAGAAAUCGUAAAGUUAGUGAAUGUGCAUUCACAGCUUUGGGGGAACUCUUGCAUUUUCUGAAGACUACAAGGGUGAAGGAUAUGACUGAGGACGCCUGCGUGCGCCUUCAAAGUUUAUGGGAGGAUGUUGAGAUGUUCAGGUUUGACUUGGCCUGGCUGGAGCCUCAUGUUCACUCUGCUUUGGAUAAGAAGAAGUUCCUGGAAAGGGCAAGGAGAGUGAAAAGACUGAGAGAAGAUGUGGAUAUUUUGGAUAGUGAGAAGAAGAGGCGGAGUGCUCCUCUAGCUGUUACAGAGGCAGAUCUUGAGGUGGCAAAGAGAGACCUGGCUAAGGAGGAAGAGGGCUUUGCGGAGACAGAUAUGGAUAGAGAGCUAGGUUAUGGGAUGCCUUUGCCGAAUUAUAGAAUUUUAUGUUAGAUGUGACUUGUAGGACAGGUAAAUGAGAUAGACAUGGAUAGUGAGCUAAGUUAUGGAACCGUUAGCCUUAUUUAGAAUUUCAUCUUAGAUAUGAGUUGCAGGACAGAUAUGGGCAACACAUAUUUGAACUUGUAUGACAUAGGUUUGUUAGCCUCCAUCAACUCCCUGGUAUGAUCGAUUUGGCAGGAUUGCAGAGUUAAUAGGUACUCUGCCUUUGUUCAAGUUAUGGACUUGAA